GCGAGCAUAUAGCGCUCUAGAUUACGUAUAUCUCUCUUUCUCUUUGCUUGGUGAAGAAGAGGACCUUUCGUUUGAUUUCUUCCUUAUACAGCAUCCAAUCGAAUUUGUUCCGAAUCGGAAAGUUUUAGCCUUUCGUCGUCUGCAACCCUAAAAUCUCCGAGACAACUCGUCCGUUUUUGUUUUGGAUCUCCUUUGAAAUCGGGCGUUUGUAGAAUUUUCGCGCGUUGUGUAAUAAUGCCACCGUUUAUGCCUGCCUCCAGAGCUGUAUAUUCCUUAAUUUCAUGUCGAAGCGCAAUCAGGAACCCGAUCAGUCGUGCCGGGAUCGCUCAGAGGAGUUUUAUAUCGAAUCAAUUUCGUCGAUUUGGUUCUCUUUCCGGCGUCGAUAGAUGCUCUUCUUAUGGGUCGGUAUCCAAUUACGAUGCUAGAAGAAUCUCAUUCGGGAGAUUGCUCGGCAGUGGAAGCGUCUUUCAGAGACGGCAUUUUCUGGGUUGCGGAGACGGAGAAGAAGGUGGUGGUGAGUUAUCCAAGAUCUACGAAGAGCGACGUGUCUUGGGGUAUUCUCCAGAGCAAUUGUUUAAUGUAGUUAUAGCUGUAGACUUGUACCACGGGUUUGUUCCUUGGUGUCAACGCUCCGAGGUUCUUAAAGAAUAUCCAGACGGUUCAUUCGAUGCAGAAUUGGAGAUUGGUUUCAAGUUUCUUGUUGAGAGUUACACUUCACAUGUAGAAUUCGAAAGGCCUAAAUGGAUAAAGACAACAGCGAGGGACACCGGCCUAUUUGACCAUUUGAUAAACCUCUGGCAAUUUAAGCCAGGUCCCAUUCCAGGAACCUGCGACCUUUCUAUCCAUGUCGAUUUCAAAUUCAACUCACCUCUCUAUCGCCAGGUGGCUUCGAUGUUCUUAAAGGAAGUAGCAACAAGACUAAUGGGGGCAUUUAGUGACCGAUGCCGACUAGUGUAUGGUCCAGGAGUUCGAGUAGAUGAAAACGCUUAUGAGCAAAGAGCUUGAGACAUAAUAUAUAGAAUGGGAAGUAACAACAGGAGGUUAGUUUAUAUCAUCUUGUUUGCUACAGAUCGAUUACGCAUUUAGCUUGUUUUAUUUUUAUUUUUCCAUAUAUGAAUGCUUUUGCAUCAGAUGAUCAACACAUUAGAUGUUUCUUUAAUGUAAAAGCUGAAAAUAAACACAUCCAUUUCUCUCUUUGGGAGUACUUUUU